AUGUUAGUUAAGGGAUUUGAGUUCAAUCCGAGCGGCGAAGAUUUGAUCAAUGGAUACCUUUAUCCGUGGGUGAAGCAAGAGGAGCUUCCGUGGAAUGACAUUCCGGUGAAGGAAAUCUACGGCCCAUCGUCGGAUCCGUGGGUGGUUUUCUAUGACGUGGAGUCGCGUUGGCACUCGAGGUUGGAGGAGAAGGGCGCCAUCAAGUACACAAUCUACGCCUUCACGUUGCUCACGAGGGUUUCAAACUCGAAGAGGGUUUCCCGAGGGGCGGGGACCGGGACUUGGCAGGGCCAAACGGGCCCCGAGAUGAUCCAAGAUUCCAAGAACGGCCAAAUCAUCGGCCAGUCCAAGAUGCUGGCCUUCAAGCACCCGGGCUCGGAGGCCAAUUUCGGCCGUUGGACCAUGCAUGAAUUUUCCCUCAGCGAUGAUCUAAUUAGGUCAAGCGGCGUACCAAACGCGGCCGAUCUCGUCGUGUGCAAGAUCACCAAGACCGUCAAGAAGAACAACAAGAAAUCCGGUGCGCAGCUGCCGUUGGCCGGGAUUAGCAAGCUUCCGGAGUGUCGGACAACGGAGAUGUUUCUUCCGGUAUAG